AUGGAUAUUCGUCAACUAACAUGCAGCGCACAACGAAAGUUCACUGUUUCAAUUGUGAAAACUGAAAACAUAUUGGACUUUAAAGGUUGGUGGACGAAGUUUUAUAAGAGAGAUGUCAUAUCCGUUAACACAAAAUCUCGUCAGAUUCUACGGAAUCAAAAGCUGCAUUUCUUGAUAUCCCACUUUAUGGAGUUUGGGUAUACUACACAUCAGAUUGGGUGUGUAAUAUGUCACUCAUUCAUUCAAAACAUGGAGCGAGUUAACACAUUCGAGUUACGAAAUAACCGAUCCGUUAUUCCAGCGUUACCAGAAAAAAAGGCUUACAAUGGUCCUAUACCCAUCAACAUCAAAAAGAUUGAAGAUUUGAGACGCACUCUGCAGUACAUUCCACAUACUUACAAGGACUAUUUUGUCAACAAUGUCGAAAACAUGUCUAAUAAAAUCGCAAAUAAUGAUAUUGAAUAA